GUAUUACAGAAUAGCCUUGGAGACUUAUGUAGUGUCUGGGAUGCCAUGAACAACAUGAUCAUGUUGCAGCAUACUGAAAUUAAAGCAUCCUUUAAAACAAGUACAUAUGUGGUUGGGCAUAUUUAAAAAAAAAACCUUAUAUGAGAGGCUUAUUGGAAUGGUUUCAAGGUAUACUUUAAAUCAGAUUGUUGCUGAGUUUGAGCGUGUACGUUAUGCUGGCAAGAAUCCUUCCACUUAUGGUUGUGUCAUGAGAACUACGCACGGUCUUCCUUGUGCAUGUGAGCUAUCUAAAUAUGUUGUUGGUUGCAUCCCACUAGAUUCAAUCCAUAUGUUUUGGAGGAGACUCAGUUUUUCAUACCAAGGGUUAUCUAAGCCCGAAGUGACCAUCAAGGAAGAGAUGGAAACCAUAUCUAAAAGAUUUGAGGAACUUGAUGUUUAUGGUUAGUUUACUCUAAAGAGUAAACUUCAAGAAAUUGCAUACCCUGAUCAAAACUCUAUGUGUCCUCCUCCAGCAAAGGUGAACACAAAAGGUGCACCGAAGAAACCGAUGAACAGAAACCCAAGGUCAACAAAGCGUGAUCCAUCGUACUGGGAGUAUGUAGAUGCUUUACAUUUUGUGCAAAAUAGCAAUUCUUCAGUGAAGUGUAGUGCAUCAUCUUCUGACCAGCCCAAUCCCAAUCCAAGAAGCAUCAUGGUGUUGGAUCAAUUUCAGCCAUUUAUCCACGAUUUCAUUGACAACAUUGUCAAUGUCAAAGCUGACGAAAACUGUGGAUAUCGGUCGAUUGCCGGUUUAUUAGGUAUGGGUGAAGAGUCUUGGUCCUUGGUGUGCAACCAUCUGCUCAAAGAACUUGGAAAAUUCUCAGAUGACUAUAUCAAGCUCUUCGGUGGCAUAGACAGAUUCGACGAAUUAAGGAUGUCCCUACUUGUUGAUGGGUUAACCAAGGUGAUUGUGGAUAAGUGGAUGGAUAUAAGCGAGAUGGGAUAUGUCAUUGCAUCAAGGUAUAAUGUAAUCAUUGUCCCAACAACAAAGCAUGACGUUCUUUCCUCUUAGAAGUCAACCACCAACAGAUUCUUCUGUGCAUUGCAUAAUUUGUAUCGAUCACGUCUAUGGCAAUCAUUUUGUUCAGGUUUAUUUAAAAGACCAUUAUCCUUUACCGCCUGUAGCAUUGUUAUGGUCUAACAAUUUUCAUCCUCAGGCAAAGCAAUGACCAACUCCAUAUAUUAGUAGAAUGCAACCUUAUAGAAGCUUCAUGAUGUUCAAAAGAGACUAUGUUGACAUAAAUGAAGACUGAACAUGUACCUUGUAAUGGUUGAUCGUUAUGAAUUUUAAUCUCACAUUAGAGUUAUCUAUGUUUGUAUAUUUGUUUAAUUAAUUUUGAACACAUAGUUCCCACCAAGUUAU